AGUGUUUGGUGGGAGCUCGUUGAGCUACGAUUGAUGAACCCAUCUGACGCUGGUGGGCCUCUACCUUAGAGCUGUGAGUUAACGCGAGAAAUGUUCCCUCGGAGAGCACUUGUGCGGGCGCUACGUGCCUCGUCGUUGCGGAACUCGUCGUUACUGCUCCCAACCUGUCAAGUCCGGCAAGUCAUGAGAUGGCAGUCGAACACCAGUGUCACCGCGGCGGAGGAGAUAAAGAAGCAGCGUAAGAAAACGAGCAAAGUCAGUAAAGCGAAACGCGCGGGAAUGAAAUCGGUCAUUUUACCUCCAUUGCCAUUGGAGCCCAUUCCGGUUCUGGUCGAUGCAGGAGACGGAACUGGGGCCGAAACGCCAAUUCCUACUACCGCUCUUAUGGCGGAAAUUCAGGAAAUUCAAGAUCGAUAUCCCGAUCACAUAUUACUGGUCCAAGUGGGAGGGUUUUUUGAGAUCUAUGACCACCAAGGAUAUCUGGAAGAAAUUGCAGAUCUCCUGCAUUUAAAAAUUGCGAGACCAAAGAACCAGACAAAAAAUCAGCUGAGGUUUGCAGGAUUUCCACUGGCGAGAUACAAGGAUUAUGUGGAGCAGCUAGUCAAGCACGGAAAAACUGUUGCACUGGUCGAACAAGUAGGCAGUGACCUGACGAACAAAACGAAGACAAAAGUGCGCAAUGUCACUCGCAUCAUAACCCCUGGUACCUUAAUAGACGAGGAUUGGGUCGAGAGUCGGGAGAACAACUUUCUCUUGUCUGUGACAGCAUUGCCUAAUUCUGAUAAACCAAGCGACUUUGGGCUCGCCUGGCUAGAUGUUUCCACGGGCGAUUUCCUGGUGUGCGAGAGCUCCCUCGAUACAUUCGAAGAGCAUCUUUCCCGUAUCCAACCAAAAGAAAUAUUAUGCGACCGUAGAUUACAAGAGACUCAUCCCACUCUUAUCCAGUCCCUGCGUAACCGAGCAGGUGAAUUCCACCUCAGUAUGAGGGAUACGGAGAAGAAAGCUGAGGCAUAUCUGGGCGGCUUGCUCAUACAAGAGGAUGCUUCUAGGGCGCUUCUCACUGAUAUGCGUAAGCUGCUGGCUGACUUUUCGCCGCUUCAGGUGCAAGCGGCGGGUACACUACUUGGAUAUGUUGCAGAAAAUUUCUGUCACCUACCUUCCUUUCCAGCACCUGCAGAGUUUGUCCCGGAGGACGUGAUGAGAAUUGAUCCUGUAACCCAACAGGCGCUUGAAAUUACGCGGACUUUCCGGGACAGGGCACGAAAAGGAAGUCUAUUGCACGAGAUUGAUCGUACCAAAACGGCUGCUGGAUCUCGCAUGUUAGCAACCCGUUUAAAGGCUCCCUCCAUAUCCAUUGAUGAAAUUAAUCGACGACUGGACCUUGUCGAAGUCUUCUUCAGCGACACUCACUUGUUGGCAGACGUACGAGAGCUGCUUUCGAACUGUAAAGACGUGGAGAGAGCACUGCAGCGCAUUCACCUGGCAAAGGCCACCCCCGGCGAUUACCUCAAUAUCAUUGCAACCCUCCGGAUGGCCGAUCAAAUCUUCCGUCUCUUGGAGAGUAAACAAAAUCAGCUGAAAGGUGCUGCCUCUGCUGGUAUAAUAAAGUCACUUGAAGCGCUUGCGGAAAAGCUCGGGAGCUGCAGGUCGCUGCUGAAUGCCUGCGAUGAGAUAUUUGACGAAAAGUUGCAGGAUUUGCAGAAGAUAACCGAUUUGGAAGCGAUUAAAGAGGGAAUAUCUGCAGAGCUUGAUGAAAAGAGACGUACUCACCAGGUCCUUAAGCAACAAGAGGAGGCGUACCGAGUAAAGCUAGCACGGAAAUAUGGCCUAGAGGAUAAGUUUAAGAUUAGCGCACUUGCAGACCCCAAACUCGGCCCCAUACUCGCUAUUCAGGAUGUGAGGGGCCCCUCUCGUCUUGCUGUGAAAGCCCGUAUCGAAAAAGACUCUCACACAGAACUUUUGGAGCGAGCAAAUACUUCAGUCGGCUUGCGAUUUUCACACACACACUGGUCCGGACUUUAUCGAUCAUUGAACGAGUCUGCUAAUGCGCUCCUUGAGAUCCAAAAGGACGUAUUUGAACGUGCCUGUGGAAGGAUCAAAGCACACACCUUGCCGUUCAUUGAAACCUGCAGAACAAUCGCUGAAAUCGACGUAGCUUCUGCUAUAGCAGCCCAUGCUCAAGAGUGUGGAUACACAAGACCGGUGGUCACCGAAGAACUUGUGCAUGAUGUGAGAGGUGGUAGACACCCCGUAGUGGAACGAGCUCAGACGUACCGAGAAUCAAUGUAUGUAAAGAAUGAUUUCUAUAUUGGCGGCGACCAGCGUUUGUGGCUCCUCACUGGGCCGAAUAUGGGUGGGAAGAGCACGUUCCUAAGACAAAGCGCUCUACUAUCCAUCCUUGCGCAAACCGGUUGUUACGUGCCAGCGUCAUCUGCCCGCCUUGGGAUUGUCGAUAAAGUUUUCUCAAGAGUCGGUGCUUCUGACGAUCUUGCGGCUCAUCAGUCAACGUUCAUGGUCGAGAUGCGAGAAACUGCGACCAUUCUCAAAAACGCAACAGAGAAAAGCUUUGUGAUUAUGGAUGAAAUUGGCCGUGGAACAUCUACGAACGAUGGUUUUGCUAUCGCACACGCCACACUUGUCUAUCUGCAUCAACACUCAAAGUGCCGAGGAGUAUUUGCCACUCACUAUCAUGAACUGGCGGCACGGGUACAGGAUGACCAAACCCAGUCCCUUGAUGCGGUCAAGUGCUAUCAGACCGCGGUCUUGGCAGAUGAUAAAGGGCACCUCAUUUACACAUACCAGCUCCAGCCUGGUGUCAUGACUCAAAGUCACGGCAUCGAUUGUGCCCGUGCAGCAGGUCUGCCAGAACAAGUAAUAGCAUCGGCCACGACGUUCUAUCAACAGCUUGAAAACGAGCAACGCAUAAAAGAUCGAUUAUGGAGAGACUGGCAGAAUCAGCAAUCUUCAAUGGGCACCGGAGAAGCUGACGCCGCUUACCAAGCAACAAUGAGCUGAUUGCGCUGGGCUGAUACGAAGCUAUUCUCAUGAUGAUCGGCCAUAAUGAUCAUGUUAAAAUAAACUGUUUUAUACGUAUUUUACCUCAGGCUUGUAUAUAUAGGUGGCAUCUUGCUCUAGUUCCGAUUCGUAGGGUAGAUUUUACUAUGAAAAGAUUAUCGAUAUGUCAAAUAACUAUCGCUCUGUUUCUUUCCAGGC